CCUCUUCACGCCACUGGUACCCCACCCGCCUACCACAACGCUGGCCAAAGACAUGGACCCAUUCGAGCCGCUGGGCCGAGCACUACCCCGAAAAGUGCGACAUGUCCCGUACCGUCUGGACUACGGCAAAACCGAGACGCACGCAGACUUUCUGCCAACAAGCGGCGCCGUCGUCGUCGUCAUCUGCGCCACGCCCAACGUCCUCGGGUACCACGCCCAGGCCUUCGAGAAGCAGCUGCAGUUUGCCCGGGGCAUCGCGCGAGAAAUCAAGGAGAACGACUCGGUAGCAGGCAUCCCCAUGGUCGUGCUCAUUGUCAGCGACGAUGCUACGGGGAAAGCCUAUGUCAACGCUGCGGCUGAUGUCCCGGCUCUGGUGACGGUCGGCGACUACACGGCUGCAGCGUUGAGUAAUGCUGUUCGCGUUUUAUUUGGCAUGUAGAAGACGGAGGGAUUCUAUCUUGUGUGUUUGGAAUGUAAAAAAAGAUCAAGGUGGUCUAUCUUGUAUGCAUGUUUGGAACGGGGGGAAAAAAGAACGGGGGGGGGGGUGGUCUAUUCAUUCAUUCAUCUCGGUAUCGAGUACACAACAUUCCACUCUGUAUAGGUACACGUGCAUUGGAGGUUCUUUUUGUUAUGUAGUUACGGAGGCAAUAUUCAC